CUUGUAGAUAUAUAGAAUUAUCACAACAUUCGAACGAACGAUAUCGUACUUGGUGUCUAGUAAUAUUCGGAAACACCACAACCUUCUCGAAGACAACCGAGUGGGAAUCAAAAACACACGUACUGCAACGAGUCUUUUUCAAAAAAAAACAUGCCCGAAGCUCCAAGAAGGUUGAGGCGGACGACUCCUGUCGAUGAUAUCGACGCCAUCACCCCAUGCCCACUCGCACGAGGCACUUCGGAUGAAAUGGGGGUGUCCGAGCCCAUUAGCCCGAUGAGCAAGUUUCAAGGGUCAAGAUCGCCAUCACCGUGCUCCGAAUGCUCGUCAAUCCGCGUCGACGAAUCCAGAACCAGAAGAAGGGAGUCGCUCAAGGCAUUAGAGCAAGGCACAGGCGGCGACCCAGAAAGAUUGUGGGAGCGCAUGCUCGCUCUUCAACGAACCUAUGGCUGUUACAACUCGGCUAGGAUGAGCGCGGCGCUUAGCUCGGGAGACGUCAGCUUGUUAUUGCCCUCCAAGGCAACCCUGAAUCUUUUAAACGAGAAUAUGACUUUCCUACCCGAUGAAGCAGAAGAUGUGUUCGAAGAGUGGCAGCCGAAGGCAAAUAGUAUGCGCAAUCAUUAAUGUUUCGAUACCUAAGAUGGCGAAGGCAGAACAGCGUUGAGGAACGGACGGACUAGGAGGAUUGGGCAUAUCCUCAAACGUUGAAAAUGCCAGA